UACACACAGAGAGAGAGACACACAGCGAGAGAGAGAGACACAGAGAGAGAGAGCUGGCCACUGUAGUUAGACUAGAGCCCUGUCGGAGCCUCCUCCGGUUACAGCAACAUUUAAACUCCAGGCUGCAGCCACAGCCACACGGCACGCGGACAGACAGGAAGCAAGGCUCGAGGCAGCCUGACAGCUGGACGCUUCAUUUCCUCGCGAGCUCUGCCACCGGAGCGUACUUCAAAGCGACGGACUCUCAUUCCAUUAGUUCUAUUCGUUCCGUGAACUCUAUUCUACACGGCUGGUUCGCUGCCCCCGGACCAAACCGAUGUUCCGCUAAUCCGCUCCUCAUCUGGAUAAACUGUACAAGAUUCCUCUCCGCUAAAAGAUAAACUACUGACUGUCGCUGUUAUUGAGGCACCUGCCUGAAUCUUCUCGUGGAAGCUUUUCAUUCCACAAUGAGCGGAAGGUGACCUGCAAGCAUCCUGUCUCGGGCUGUCCCUCACAAGACAACUGCAUCUUUGUCGUCAACGAACAGUCUGCCCCCAAAGCGCCAGCGAAUGAGAAGGAGCGUCCUCUGAGCACCAUGAGUAGCGAGGCCUCCAACUACACAGGCAGCUCGGACUAUGCUACACACCAAAGUAGCCCCGCAGCCAGACCAUCAAGAUCCUCAAAAAAAAUCCACAACUUUGGGAAGAGAUCCAACUCGAUACGGAGAAACCCCAAUGCCCUGGUCGUUAAGAGUAACUGGCUUUACAAACAGGACAGCACGGGGAUGAAGCUAUGGAAGAAGAGGUGGUUUGUGCUGUCUGAUAUGUGUCUGUACUACUACAGAGAUGAGAAAGAGGAGGGUAUUCUCGGCAGCAUCCUCCUGCCUAGCUUUCGAAUAUCUAUGCUGUCUGUCGACGACCACAUCAACAGAAAAUAUGCCUUCAAGGCGACUCAUCCCAACAUGCGGACCUACUACUUCUGCACAGACGCAGCCAAAGACAUGGAGUCUUGGAUGAAGGUGAUGACAGAUGCUGCCCUGGUGCACUCUGAGCCUAUCAGGAGCAGGUCGCUCAAAGUGGAACAGUGCGGUCCUCAGGAUGUCAGUAACCACGUUACCCAGAACCACAGACCGGUUCUAACCCGACCAGAGAUCCAGAACAACGAGCGGAACAGGACCGAGGCCGACAGGGAACAUCACACCAUCGCCGCCAUAACCACGGUAACCACUGUCACUGCCGAGGAGGAGGAGGACAAGAAGCAGCGUGAUGCAGAGCGCUACGGGUUUCAGAAGGAAGGGGCAGAGAGGGACCGGCCGCUCACUAAGAUCAACAGCAUCAAACUAGAACCAGAUCAGGCUUCUGCUGUACCUGCUGACAUCACACCAGACGGGCCCUACAGAGCCCCACAGGUGAACGGUGCUGGGGACCAGAGCCCAGGGGAGAUGAUGACCAACCCCCAGCCCCAUCGGACCCCCUCUAUCCAGGGCAGCAUGACCCCCACCACCCCUACCCCCCAGUACCCCCAUGGGGAACCUGAACCCAGGACCUUGACCAGGACCAACUCCAUGCAGCAGCUGGAACAGUGGGUCCGCACACAGAGAGUUCGCAACCAGGAUGAUGACACACACAGCAUCAUGUCGUACCAGACACUGCCCAGGAACAUGCCCAGUCACCGAGCCCCUCCAGCCAUGCCCCACUACGGGGACCCCGGCUACCGUACCUUACCCAGGAACAGCAUGGCCCGGCCGGACAGUAUCUGCAGCAUGUCCCCCUCCGUGUAUGACCAGGCCAUGGGGCUGGGCCUGGGGCUAUCCUCUGCAGACAAGAGACGCUCCAUGAGGGACGACACUAUGUGGCAGCUGUAUGAGUGGCAGCAGAGGCAGGCCUAUACCCCCACACGGCCUAUGUCGUCCACUCCCAGACCCUACGGGACCCUGCCCAGCCCCAAGACCAUGAUCAACCUGUCUGAGCACCAGGGUCACGGUCACCACUCCAUCCCCCCCUCACCCUCCCAUGGGUCCCUGUCUAUGUACGGGGGCUACUCACCCCUCCACUUCUCCUACAACCCCAGCUCCAGUAGGUCUGAGGUGGCCUUCCCUGUAUACCGGGGGGAUGUUACCAUGGACAGAAGACACAGGACACCACAUCUCAACCAGUAUGCCUACCCGCCUGAGAGGAGGUCCAUGCCAGCAGGGAUCCCUGUCCAGACCAUCACUGCCCAGUCUCUGCAAGGAAAAACGAACGACAUUCUGUCUCAUCAUCUCCAAAGAAACCUCAUGUAUCUGGACAACCAGAUGAGCCCAGAGGACCACAGGGAACACGCCUACAUGUGCAGCCCCGAGGAGGUUGACAUCGAUGCCAAGCUGAGCAGGUUGUGUGAACAGGACAAGGUUGUGAGGAUACGUGAGGACAAGCUCCAGCAGCUACACAGAGAGAAGCACACCCUGGAGACAGCCCUGCUGUCGGCCAGUCAGGAGAUAGAGAUGAGUGCUGAUAACCCAGCAGCCGUACACAGUGUUAUCCAGCAGAGAGACGUGCUGCAAAGUGGCCUGCUCAGCACCUGUAGAGAACUGUCACGAGUCAACACUGAGUUGGAGCGGUCGUGGAGGGAGUAUGAGAAGCUGGAGGGAGACGUCUCAUUGGCCAAGGACAACCUGCUGGAGCAGCUAGAGGCCCUGGGGAGCCCUCAGACGGAGCCUCCCAGCCAUCAGCAUGUCCACAUCCAGAAGGAGCUGUGGAGGAUCCAGGACGUGAUGGAGGCCCUCAACAAGAACAAGACCCAGAGACACACAGACACACAGGGACACUACGGCUCCACACCCAUCUCCAACAUACACAAGAGUGAGGAGGAGGUGGAGGACCUCUCAGCUCCCCCAAGACCGCCCUUACCCCAGGCCUACGAGCCCAACAGCCCUGCUGUACCCCCCCUCCCCUCUCGUGUUGCCUCCAGCGGGCGACCGGCACCCCCACCACCGCCACACCGGAGUCCAGAGGACAGGGACAGGAAGGCCGGCCAGAGGAACGGAACACACAGCGGUCCUGACUACAGGCUGUAUAAGAGUGAACCAGAGUUGACCACCGUAGCAGAGGUGGAUGAAACCAACGGAGAGGACAGAUCAGAACAGUCUGACAGAGACCCAGCAAACACAAAAGGAAUGUCCUACCCCGUUGGCAUCGUUCCCCCCAGAACCAAAUCUCCCAACAUGCCAAAUUCCUCCAGCAUCAACUCCUACGUCACCCUGAGGAGGGGAGGGAGGCCAGACCCGCGCAUGGAGCGACCCCAUAGUGCUGUAGAGCAGCUGUCUGGUGGGGCUGUGGAGAAGGACAGUGGCAGAUCUAGGAUGAGUGUAGAGGAGCAACUGGAGAGGAUCAGGAGACACCAACAGGGGGCGCUAAGAGAGAAGAAGAAGGGGCUUCACAUCCUGGCAGGAAGUAGCUGCAACAGCCCGCAGGACUACACCUCACACAGCCACAGUACCACAUCAACACCGUCACGUAGCCCUUCGUUCACCAAGGAGAACCCCUUCCGCAGCAUGCAGCAGAACCGUCGUCAGCGUGGCGAGGGGAUGAGCAGUGACAUCCUGGAGUUGGAGGCGUCACUCAGAGAACAGGAAGUGGUCAGAGAGCAGGAGACGCCGGCCGAGGAGAUAGCACGCCUUAAAGAGGCCACACACACUGACCACUACAACAUGGACAGAGAGCUGUCAGUCCCUGAGAAGGUGUUGAUUCCAGAGCGUUAUGUGGAGUCAGACCCAGAGGAGUCUCUCAGUCCAGAGCAGGAGGCUGACAAACAAAAGAAAGUGGACCGCAUCAAAGCCCUCAUCGCCAAAAACAGUAUGCAGAAUGUUCUCUCUCCUCCAGGUCCAGAGAAGGAGGCUGAGGAGGAAACCACAGCCCAGGAUCAGGAGAAAAUGAUCAACAUAUCCUAUGAACUGGCUGCUGAGGCCUCCAAACGCAGCAAGCUGGUGGCAGUGCACAGCUUGUCAUCCUCCUCACCUCCUCCUGAGCCCCAACCCUCCUCAUCUCCACCUCCUAACACACAGCCUCCCCCCCAGCUCACUGAUGGCUCCCACUUCAUCUGUGUCUAGUAGUGGCACCUUGGCCUCAAUGAAGACCUACACGUGAGAAGACCUCUUCACUAGGACAUGACACACCCAGCACAAAAUCCAACAAACUGGACUGACAGACUGAUGGCCCGUUAGACCAUGCCAUGCUCUGUUCAAAUCUAUACCUUACUACAGUAUGACAUCACAUCCUCCUGUGCCAUGAUGUCAGUUCAUGUUGCCACAUCCCCUCCUUUUAACAUCACCACCACUUUCCCCUCUUCUCCCCCCCUCACCUACUCUCCAUGUUAUCACC